CGGGUGACAGCGCGGCAGCAGGUGCCACCGCCACGCCGGGUGAUGCAGCCACACUGGUGACACUCGCUGACGCUGCCACGCUGGGUGACACCAUCACACGGGAUCUUCCCUCCAAGGGAACCUUCCAGGAUGAUCGGCCCAGGAGCACUGCUGGGGACCCUCCAGGCACGUUGGUGCUGACUCAGCACUGGGACCCUCAGGCAGCCUGGCCACCCCCCUCCCCGGGUGCUGCCAUCAAUGCAGAGCUCCCAGGAGUGCACGGGAGAGCCACCACUCCACUUCCCCAUGGCAGCUCCUUCCCACUGCACCCCGGCCCAGCUGCAUGGUGUGGGUGCCCCUGAGGCCCACGAGGACUGACCGCCGGGCCCCGCUGCGUGCACCCACCCACUGCGGCACCACCAUGUCUCUGGAGUGGCUGAUGGGUUGGAGCUGGUCCCUGGAUGGACUCCGGGAUUUCAUCGCCACUGGCAUCCAGUCUUUCCGGGACUGCGACGCCACCGCCCUGGCUGCUGUCGCCUGCUUCCUGGUCCUCUUUGUGUGGUACUGCUACCACGUGGGGCGGGAGCAGCCCCGCGCCUACACCACCGUCAACGCGCUGAUGCAGAGCGCGGAGGUCAACGGGGUGCAGAACGGGUACGUGUACUGCCACUCGCCCGAGUGCGUGCGCUGCACCCACCACGACGGGCUCAACCAGAAACUCUACCACAACCUGCAGGAGUACGCCAAGCGCUACUCCUGGUCCGGCAUGGGCAGGAUCCACAAGGGCAUCCGAGAGCAGGGCCGCUACCUCAACAGCCGGCCCUCCAUCCAGAAGCCAGAAGUCUUCUUCCUGCCCGACUUGCCAACCACACCCUAUUUCUCCCGGGACGCUCAAAAGCAUGACGUGGAGUUGCUGGAGCGCAACUUCCAGACCAUCCUGUGCGAGUUUGAGACCCUCUACAAAGCAUUCUCAAACUGCAGCCUCCCGCAAGGAUGGAAAAUGAACAGCACGCCCAGCGGGGAGUGGUUCACCUUCUACCUGGUGAACCAGGGCAUGUGCGUGCCCAGGAACUGCCGGAGAUGCCCACGGACGUACCGCUUGCUCGGGAGCCUCCGCACCUGCAUUGGCAACAAUGUCUUUGGGAACGCGUGCAUCUCCGUGCUGAGCCCGGGCACUGUCAUCGCCGAACACUACGGACCCACCAACAUCCGCAUCCGCUGCCACCUCGGUCUGAAGACACCCAGCAACUGCGAGCUGGUGGUGGGGGGUGAGCCCCAGUGCUGGGCUGAGGGCCGGUGCCUCCUCUUCGACGACUCCUUCCUGCACACGGCAUUCCACGAAGGUGCCCCGGAGGAUGGUCCCCGCGUGGUCUUCAUGGUGGACCUGUGGCACCCCAAUGUGGCGGCCGCUGAGCGCCAAGCCCUCGACUUCAUCUUCGCGCCGGGACGAUGACGGCGCU